CGUUUCUGUAAAUGGCGCCUGGCUGAGCGUCGCGCGUCACGGUGUGUGCUGUGGCUCUCUUUCUCUUUCUCGUGGCGCAGCCGUGAGCGCACCAGCGCACCAGCGGUGGAGAGAGCAGUGCGAGAGCAGGGUCCGCGCGCGUCGUCCUCGUCCUCGUCGUCAUCGUCGUCAUCGUCGUCCUCCUCGUAGUAGUACCGUAGUGCAUCAGUUCUGGACCGGAGGUUGUGCCGUGAGAUACGCGCGAAUCCCAGAUGCGAGUGCACGGUUGUUACCGGUGACAUCUUUCUCUCGUGAUUGGCCAUGGCGUGUUGUGCCGCGUCUGUCGCAAGUGAACGUCGACGUUAGUGGAUACUCGGCGUUGAAUCCGCGGCAUUGGCAUGCAUGCAACAUGGAAGAAGGUGCGUUAGUGCUACGACGAUAGUGGUUUCCAAGCGAGGAGAGUUCCGCGACAGCAACGCCGCCUGCACACGGAACGGAAGAGUAUAUCUCGGAGCUGUUAUCGUCUCUCCUACUUCUCUCUCUCUUCUCUCCUCCUCCUCUCUUCUCUCUUUUCUCUCUUCUCAUCUUCCUCCCCCUUACUAUCCUUGCCCUUACUAUCAACAGUGAGCCGCUUCUUCGCCUUUGUUCGUGGAUCCGCGCGAGCUCGUUGCCACGGGCACUACGGAGGCCGCCCCGCAGGACAUUGACUAGAGGUAGAAGACAAUUAAGAAAGAAGAGAAAAGUGUUCGCCUAAGAGGAGAAUUUUCGGAGGAGGAUGCUCGGCAGUUGGGGCUGGGAAGAAGAAUUGGAGUUGGGAGAGGGAACAGCAACCCCGUCGCAAGAUAGACAAAGACGAGAGAGCCCAGACUCGACGCAUCCUGUCCCCGACAGCCGGGUGCUGAGGUAUGCACCCAGCCGGUGUCAUCACCCUCCCAGCUUCAACUCGCCACAUUUCAGCACACAGCCUCCUCUCGACUGUACCGACUCGUGAGGUGGCCAAAAUGCUGACUGCUCAUUCUGAGAUGCACGAGAAACGAGAUCCCCUCGGAGGCGGACAAUAUGGAACAGGCGGGGGUGGUGGCGGCAGUUCGAUCGAGGAAAAAUCUAUUGCGGAACAACCACCCCCGCCGCCGGCGCCUCCCCAGCGGGAUCCAUCGGAUCCAACGAUCAGCGCUAAGAAACUUCCAAAGAAGCGAAAGUUUGAUCCAUCGGAGCUCGAGGAGAUGGAUAAAACUAGCAACGUAACGAGAACCAUAAAUAACAUAGUGAACACCGUACGGGCACCGAACAUGCCACUUGGUCAUUCAGGCUUGGUUCAGCAGUCAACGUUAGCGACUCGGCAAUCUCCGCAACAGCAGGACUCCCAAGAUUGUUAUCAAGUAUCCUCGGCGCAUUCGGUGGUAGUUUUACCACCUCAAAGUACAGCAGUGGAUUAUUCUGUUCGAGAGGAGCCUUUACGGUCUCGUCCUCGGCCUGCUACUGUUGCUAUUGAUCUCAGCGAGUGGCGCGACCACAGAGUGUUAGCAUUAAGGGAUUCAUAUUAUUAUUCAGGUGUUAUUCGCAAUGUUGUUCAAGGGGAGAUUUACAUAGAGUUCGACGGCGAGAAAAAACUAAUGCGUUACACUGACGUUUUGGGCGCGGGCAGAUACGACGUGAUAAGUGAUGCCAGCCCCUCGGUUGGCCAAGUGACUCUAGACGCGAAAGUUUGUAUUAGGUGUCCAACGUCGAACAAUCAUAUCAACGCUGCUAAAGUGUUUGUUAAAGGGACAGUGUGCAAAAUUUUAACCAAGCCUAACCGUUUUGUUGUUAAAAUACCAAGGGAAGACGAGCAGAGCGAUAGUUACGUCGUGAAACGCGCGGAUAUACGGUUGGUGCAGCCCCCGUGGUGGGACGAACUAGAGGAAGGAUUGGAAGACUGUGAUUCCUCGAGGGUCGAAGCUAUUGAACAUGGCUAUCGAAAUUCUUCAGAACCUCCGACAGCAGUGCCAAUUUUGCAACUCCAUCACACUUCUCACCAUACAUCUCAUAUAUCGACUCAUAACGACACAGGUGGUUAUUACAGAACAACUGGUACCAGCCCCCUAAUGACUUUAGGCACUUCCGCGCAUUCUGCUACUGCGGCAUUGAGUAACGGAAGUCGGCCGUACGAUGAUUUAGAAAGCGAGGAUGACUUGGACAGGGAAGAUAUUACAUUCCCUUCGGAUGCAGAUGCAAAAUUGUCAGGCAGCAGUAAAAGAAGCAGCAUGCAAAGUCGGGGAAGUACCAGCAGUCUAGUUGAGCAACGCAGUAUAACUCCUCGUUCUCAAGCAGCCACGCCCAGAUCUCAGGCGGCAACGCCACAUAGAUAUAAAAAAGGUGAUGUUGUGGCUACACCAAGUGGAGUUAGGAAGAAGUUCAACGGUAAACAAUGGCGCAGACUCUGUAGUAAAGAAGGAUGUUCCAAAGAAAGCCAACGAAGGGGAUACUGUUCUCGUCAUCUUAAUUUGAAAGGAUCUUGCCUCAGAGGUCCGACCAACACUUUCUCUGGCGGUAAGAUGGAUGGUGAGGAAACGUCUAGAGAUUCCGACACAUCUCCAAAUUACGGAGAUAGGAGAAUUGCUGGUCGAUUUGAUCAAGACGAAACUGAAGCUGCCAACAUGCUCGUUUCCUUGGGAAGUUCUAGAUCAGCUACGCCAGCCUUUUCCUCGCCAACUGGACAAUCUUCGAUAUCCCCGUGUAUCAAUCAAUCUCCAGUACCACCAUUGGGACUGAAUCAAAACAAUGUGUUUAUGCCUAUUUCGAGUCCUGCUCAUCAUGCAACUCCGCUAAUUUCGCCUGGUGCGAAAUGGAAACAUUCACCUACUCAAUCCACUUUUCUUACUCAGUACCAGCAGCAGGUGAUAAAGCCUGAACCUAGUCGAAUGAUUAAAUCGAAUCGACCAGCUCCAACUGCCCCAGUCCCUGCUAGUAUAGGAACAAGCGUAAUAAGAAUCUCUCCCGUGAGCCGUGGAAUACCCGGAUCUAACUUAACCUCGUCAUGGUCAGAACAAAGCCCACCGCCGCGACAUCCAUCAGUUGUGACGACUAUAGCUCAACAACAGCAAGGCAUCAUUCUUCAGCAUGCUCUCACAACAAAUAAUGGCUUUUCCAGCCACUCUGAGAUAUCAGAACAAAAUCAACAAAUACUGAAACCUUCUCAUUCGCCUCAUAUGUCACUUUCCGCUCCAGCACCACAAAACUUGACCCUUUUGCAUAAGCCUUUGGAACAACCAGUUGAUUAUGCUCAACCGCAAACGCAGAAUCAGCCAAUUUACGUGAUGCAACAUCAACAUGAAAAAAAGUAUCUUGUGAUAAAAAAUAGUAUGGAUGUAUCCGCAGCAGGUCACAUGAAUAAUCAAGAUGACAAAUAUAGGCCAGCGUUAAUGAACCACUUAGCUCAACUUCCAGCGACGUUACAUCAAACGCAAUGUCAACCUCCACAAUCGCCUGCUGUUUCGUCCGUCCAUGUUGACAAAUUGUCCGUUUUUCAAGCAAGCAAAGUAGCAACACACGCAUCCUCUCAUAUGGAUAUGCAGAGAACACAACCACCACCUACGAGCGUUGUAAUGACGACCACUACUGAAGCUUCGAAUCCGCCUACUCCAACAAGUGUCUUCCAGCACGUGAUUGUACAACCCGCGCAUUUGGUACAAAUUCCUAAAACACAGUCGUCUAGGGAAGAGAAUUCCAAAAAUAACGGAGUUCUGUAUGGCAGCCAUGAUGUUCCUCCUGCAUACCAGCCCCAUCCCCCAUCAUUACUGAACAAUGCAGUGCGCAACUGGAAAAAAGCUUUUCCUUGGCAAACAACAGUACUAGAUCAAUCAGAAGUGAGUCCUCCACCAUCUGCGUUGAGCCCUCCUUUGAGUGCGCCUCCGAUUCCAAUUAGCAUGAGCACACCUGGUGAAGAUGGAUCCGGACCUGGUCCAGAUCCUAUAACUCCCGCUGAGGAAGAAGAUGACGACGUUUUCGAAACAGAGCCGACUACCCCUGCAGAAAUUGAGGCGAAUGCUAACAAGAGACGCAGUCAGUCCCUUAGUGCAUUGCAUUCCAAAGAGCCUCAGAGUCCACUUAAAACUAAAGACAGAAUACGUCGACCGAUGAAUGCAUUUAUGAUAUUUUCCAAACGACAUCGUGCAGUCGUGCAUCAAAGACACCCGAAUCAAGAUAAUCGUACCGUGUCUAAGAUACUGGGAGAAUGGUGGUACGCCUUAGGCCCAGAGGAAAAACAAAAAUAUCAUGAUCUUGCAUCAGAGGUGAAAGAAGCGCAUUUUAAAGCGCAUCCAGAUUGGAAAUGGUGUAGCAAAGAUAGACGGAAAUCUUCGACGACAAGUUUCAAAGGUGGCGACUCUCGAGGGAAAUUGAACAGUACUGGGGAGGAAACAGACAUGGGACCACCGGCAGACGACGUACCAUUAACGCCUAGAGCUACGGACGAAAUUACUGUUCCCGUUACUACUGUGUACAAUGAAGCGCCCACCAUCGAAGUUAUUAAUCAAUCGCACACUCAUAGAAUAAUGGAAAUGCCUCUGCCAGUUGAAAAUACAGACUCUGAUUUAAAACAGGAUGAAGAUGGUAAUGUAUCAGACGAAGAUCAAAUGGUGAUCUGCGAAGAUCCACAACCUGAAAUAGAUUUAAAAUGCAAAGAUAAAUUGACAGAUAGUGAUAAUGACGUACAAGAUGAUGAUGCUGAAAAGAAAUGUUAUACACAAUCACGGUUCUCGCCUGUAAGUGGUCAAAAGAGGGAAACGAUAAAUGUCAAACAAGAAGUAACGUGUAGGCCUAAACCGAUAAAAGCACGAAUACCUUCAACAGGUAUUGAAACAACAACAAAGUAUCAUCAUGCUUCCAUGGACAAAGGAGGGAAUGUUUCGGUUCUAUCCAGCACGUACCCUUAUCACAGUCCUGUCAAUCCAACUGGGGUAUCAGGUUUCCAACCUACUGGUGGUGCUUUCAUAACCAUGCCAAUAUCUCCAAAGGUUGUUAAACCAGAACCAGUGAAGAAUGAACAGCAGUACAGUACCCAAUACAGCAUGAGCAAUUUGGUAGCAAGCAUUCAUGAAAACGGAAGGAAUAUACCUAAAUUUACGGCUGCUCCGGUAUUACAUUCUAUUGAAUCGAAACCUAUGAUGGCUCUGUUUAAACAACAGCAGCCGUUGCAGUCCUUAGGCACUAUUCUUCGUCCCCUUACUUCAGCUGUCCCUUAUCAACCAUCGUUCACUCUAACAUUGCUCGAUAACGAUUUGGUGGCUGUUUCCAAACCGCAGCAGGGAUCGCAGUAUCUUGGUCCAACAUCACCUCAUCCCCGGAUGUACUGUGGAUUCCAUAUACCAAUCUCUGAUGCUGGCAACCGGAACAUAUCCUCACAAGGUUUAGUUUCUGGUAAUAAGAUGGAAACGCAGAGUGUCAUAGUGAGCAAACCAUACCCAGUUUCGACAACUUCCACUACAUCGACUUAUCGAGGAAUUGGUCAUUCAGUAACACGUCUCGCAGAACCCGAAAAAAAUGAGAAUAAUCAUGCCCAAUUUUAUGUAACUAAUGUGAAAUCUGAUCAAGAAAGAAAAGAUACCGUGAAUAUUCUUUUGCCUGCUACAAAUGACAAACAUAAACAGCCAUCUACUCCACAUACUCCUCAUACACCACUCAGUAACCAUGGUAGCAAUGAAAUUUCUGCAAAUAAAUCAUAUUCCAUGGAUGAAACACAGCCUAAUGAUAUAGGUCCAAGUAAGGGUCCCUUUAUGCUUGCUCCAACUCCGGCACAACUUGGCCGGGCGCCGCUACAAAGGAGACAGUCAAUGGCAAUGCCUCCCGCAUCAAAUGCAGGAGACCAUGGGCCUCUGGUGUCUCAACACAGUGACAAUCGUCCACAAACAAAUAUAUCUCAAACCACAGAGCAAAUACAACAGCAGCAGAAUUUCUCAGAAUCUCACGCUUCCCCAUCACCAUCUACCAAAAAGGGUUCUUUCUUCAAGAAGAAUGUCGAAGAUGGAAUGGACAGAGUUCUCGAGCAAGUAAAUUUCCAAGAAAAAUUCUCAUCCCUGCCAGAAUUUAAACCAGAAGAUAUACAAAGUCCAAGCGCGAUCAGCAUUAAUACACCGGGUUCGUCUGGCCCGGUAGUAACGUCUGGCUUGCAUUCAUCAAAUUUACAAUCAUCAAUGCAAAUGCAAAGUUAUCGAAAGAAAUCUGCACAAGCACCUCAUAGGCCCACAAUGAAUGAGGACGACAUCGAAUCAGAUACGUCAAUAUCUGCUACUCCAAAAUCAACUUCCAGCGUCAAGUUGACAGGAAACACGUUCUUUGGUCCAGAUUUCAAUGUUGAUGCAUACAGAACCAACACGGAUCUGAUUGGAGAUGUCGACGCUGGCUCUCCUAGGACACCGAAAACACCUGGAGGGGGUGCUGGAAACUCUGUAGGACUCGGCAGGAGCGAAAAUGAACGGGGCCAUAGGAAAGUGCUGGAGCAACGUCGACAUCUUGUGAUGCAACUGUUCCAAGAACAUGGUUAUUUUCCUUCAACGCAAGCAACUACAACCUUUCAAGCGAAACAUUCAGAUAUAUUUCCUAACAAAACGAGUUUGCAGUUAAAGAUUAGAGAGGUCAGGCAAAAAUUAAAAGCUAAUUCGACACCUAUGAGUGCUAAUAGUCUAGUGAGUCCACUACCUGUUUCUGAACCCUCACCUAACGUAACUGGACCAUUGACUGCUCCUCCUACGUCGAUGGGAGCUCCACAUACACUGCCCGUAAGCAGUAGUGGUAGCUAGCGCCCACGUGCCAACUGUGAUACUAUGCAUCCCCUUACUCCACAGCAUGAGUACAUCAUUAUUCAUUGAAAAGAAAGGAAAGUUUUUAUUGGAAAAAUAUUGUUGAUGUACGAAGUUUUAGCGAGUUGUAAAGUGCUGCAAGGCUUUAGUGCAAUUUGAACUCUGAUGUAACCUGGUGCAGGUAAUUUAGACAGGCAUAUCAAGGUGAGUUGAUGUACACAUAUCAGUAAAAAUCUUCAUAUUGUAUAUAAAAUUGAAGAAAUAUUGUAUCGAAUGUUUCUCAUGAUUACUAAUGUUGACUUAAACAUUAAGUGUGUUCGAGUAUCUGUGUUCCAUUGGGAUAAUAACAUGUAAAAUUGUGAAAUGUUCGCGUGAUAAAGAAUUUACUGUAUUUUAGCAACGAUAACGCUCACUAGUGAAUUAUAAAAGCUCAACCCGCAGGCUUAAUCAUAUUGUCUUGUUUGAUAAUGAAACAAGGAAGGAAUAAUAUAAUCACGUAAAAUAACUGUUUCGAAAUGUGUAAUUCGAAAAAGGAGCUUUCUUCUCUCAGAAGGAAAGACAAUACUCUUCUGCAUUCUAAAUCCAAAGAUGAUUUAUGAAAUGGUAAUAUAGAAGCGAAGAUAUUAUUUUACUACAUUAUAAAAUUACAAGUCAUAGUUGUAAAACUCCAAACGUACACGAUCGAUAUUUGUACAUCGAAACACCUUGCAAGGAUAAAGGGAGGCCUAAGCCAUUGUUAAACAUUGUUAAAAAAUACUAUGAGAUCCAAGUAGGAAGAAAGAGAGAGUAUGCGUGAGUAUAGAAAAAUGAAGUUCGGCGUGAGUGUAAGACGUGUAUGGGUGUUUCUUGAGAGAAAGAGGAAGAGAAAAUUGUAAUCAGAGAGUAUUAGAAUUAAUGAAGCAUUAUAAAAUGAAAUCAGAGUUUAUAUACUUUAGUUAUAUACUUUAUAUAUGAUAUAGAUGAAAAAGAAAGCUAUAGAUGAUGAAAGAACUGCGAUAAAACAUUGCACAAAAUUUAUGUAAUUUCGCAGUCAACAGAUAUGUUUAUUUUACUUGUAAAUACUACGGCAUGACUACUGGAAGAGGUAUCUGAAAAAUUUGAAAUAUCUAUGAUGCUGUGUCUGGCAAUUUCCAAUGACAAUUGUUAGACGAAUGGAUUUUUUCGCUGAUUCAUAGAUCAUAUUGCAAUGGAAGUAAAUAUCGUGCCAUUGUGCGGCGAAGGGAUUCUAUGCGUAAUAAAUCCCUUAAUAGUAAAAAAAAAAAUUAAUUGUUAGAUACCAUUUGAUAUAGAUAAUAUGUAAUAUGUUCACAAUAUU